UUACAAGUUGGCUUCUGACGAGAAGAGAAAAACAUUUUGACAAACGCCCGGUGUCCACAACUUUCCCACCCAUAAGAGACGCGCAAAUGGAGAAGGAAACGGUUGUCUCUCUCGUUGUCAAGGGAACAUGUAAACUCUUGUGUCUUGGUCCGGAGAGCAUGGCUACGUUGGUCAGGUUGCAGAAUGAGAUUGAACAAAUGAAAGAAGAAUAUUUCACCAGAAACAGGAUAGCCGAGGAGAACAGACAGAGAGAGAACGAAGCAGCCAUCCAAAUACAGAGUUGGUUCAGGGGAUGUCAGGUGCGGGCCUACCUCAGUCACCUACACAGGAAGGCCACCAUCAUUCAGAAGAUAUGGCGAGGAUUCACAGCAAGGGCACAUUUCAGACAAAUGGUGAAGGCCGCAUAUUUUAUCAUGAAGAUGAAUUUCUACCACGAGAUGUCCGUCAGGAUACAGCAGAGGUGGAGAGGUUACUGCGUGAGGAAAUACAGCCAUAACUACUACGCACGCAAGAGAUACAUGGAGGGACUGGCCCGCAAAAACAAACAGAUCAGGAGGGAUCUGGAGGAGUUUUCAGAGUUCCAGAUGAGAGAGAGGGAGCGUCUGGCCAUGGAGAGAGAGGAGGAGGAGAAGACUGUCCAGGCUCAGAGGAUGCACUUCCUACUCAGCACAAAGCAGUGCCCUGGAGUAUUCAACUCUCCAUUCAGACCUGGGCCAGAUGAGAUGGAGCUGAGGCUCCGGAGGACCAAGCCCCUGCCACCCAGAAACUUUCCCAGGGACAGAGCCUCUCUCCUGGGUAACACCAGCCCCUCAGCCCCCUCCUUUCCGGGAGUCCCUAGAGCCUUUGGAGCCAAGCCCCUGCCUCCCAUUCCCAGCAAGAAACCACAGGGUCCGUUCCGUGAGCCAGCGGAGGUGUGGGCUCAGAGACAGCGUGGUCUCGAGCCGUCUCUGAGAGUCCAGACCUCCAUCUCUGACCUGGAGCAGGCCCAGGACCAGCUACGCUCUGAAGAAUGGAGGAACCGCACCAUGGAGACCAUGUUCCAGCCGUUCUCUAAGGCCCGUCAGAACAGGAGUUAUGAGAGGAUGCUCCACACCACCUCUUCCUUCCAGCCUGUCCCCUAUGGGACCAAAUACUUCAGAGAGGAACACCAGGAGGACCUGCAGGGGAAACAGCCAUUCAAGACAGUCUUCACCACUUGUCAUGUGUUUGAUAAAUUUGGACGCCUCUACUCCAACGCUGGGAAGAUUGUAUGAAACUAUCGUUCAGUCUGGCAGCUGUUACUGACAGCUCGAUGGAGACCAGAGGAGGGCAUGGAAAUGACCCAGGCUGACAAUGAUCUCCCCCCCCUCCUCCUCCUCCUCACCCUCCCCGCCCUGCCCUUUACCCUCCUCGACCCAGCCUGAUCACCGAAAAUAGCCUUGCAUUCCGGAAGUUUGAAAAGAUCCUGAGAUCCCCACUACCUCUGCACUCACAGAACAAUAAUAAAGACAUUUACCCAGCACCGGGCGUGAACUGGUGACGCUCGGAGCCAAGGCCUGCUGCUCAGACCGCUGCGAUGGCGGCAACACUCGAGUAAUCCGUGAGAAUAAUUGAUGAUACUCGAUGGUAAGAGCGAGUCAUUUUCAAUGAUUUCGUUUUAAGGGUUCCUCAAACCAUAGCCCUAACCUUAACCA